AUGCUCCGCACCCCGCGCACUGUGGCCGUCAUUGGCGGUGGCCUCGCAGGUCUCACAGCCGCGUACCGCCUCGCCGCAUCAGGGCUGCACCGCGUCACCCUCAUCGACUCGGCACCUCGACUAGGCGGAUGGGUCCGCUCACGACGACACCGUGUCGCGUUUGUCGACGAGCAUGGGCGGAGGCAAGAGGGAACUGUCACAUGCGAAGCUGGCCCAAGGAGUAUCCGACCAAAAGGAGGCGUCGGUGCCGCCAAGAUGCUGGGGCUGAUCCACGACGUCGGACUCGGUGACGACGUUGUUCCCAUCCCAAACUCGCACCCUGCAGCUCAGAACCGUUACCUCCUGGACACGGACACCGCAGCGCUCAAGCGUGUCGGCCUGGGUUGGAACACCCCUGCACCAGUCAAGGCUCUCAUCCGGGGCGCACUCCUCGAGCCCUUCCGCGCACGAGGUGGUGCGGCCGCCGCGGACGUGACAGACGAGAGCGUCGGCUCGUUCUUUGCUCGCCGUUUUGGACCCGACGCUGCUGGCGUGGCCUCGGCCUUUGUGCAUGGCAUCUACGCUGCAGACCCUGACAAGCUGAGUCUGCGAUCAGCAUUUGGUAUUCUGCACGCGGCCGAGGAAAAGUACGGCAGCGUCGUCCUCGGCAUGCUCCUCGGCGCGAGGAGUAAAGAGGACAAGGCCGCCGAGGCCCGCGCGUGGGCUCAGCUGGGGCCGCUGGGGGACGAGAGGAAGGGUUGGAGCAUGUAUGGUUUGAGAGGAGGUAUCGAGGGCCUCACACAGGCGCUCGAAGUCGGGGCAGCGCGACAUGGUGCGGUUGUUCGCACGCACGAGACCGUGACUCGCCUGGAUCCACAAGAACAUGGUGUAAAGAUCACUCUCAAGUCUGGCGAGACACUUGCAGCCGAGCACGUCGUCGCCGCUCUCCCUCCAAAGCACCUCGACCAUCUCCUUCCGGCAACGUCUCCUCUCCCACAUCUCAACGCAAACCCCUCAACAACUGUGGGCGUGGUCAACGUUGUCUAUCCGCUCCCCCCUUCGGCAGUCCACCCCGAAGGAUUUGGCUACCUUAUCCCACGAAGCACCUCGCUGGUGGCAAGCAACCCGGAAGGCGCCCUGGGAGUGGUGUUCGACUCGACGGCCCUUCCCGGCACAGACGACGGCGGUCUCGAGGGCAAAGUGACCAAGUUGACCGUCAUGCUCGGCGGUCCCUACUGGUCGUCCUACUCGUCUGGUCGCGUGCCCAUCCCCAACCACGACGAACUGCGUACACUUGCGCUUACGCACCUGUUCAAGGUCUUCCCCCGGCUAGCGACCGUCAACCCCCUACUUGUCGUGCCCCACUUGAACACCAACUGUAUUCCGACAUAUGCUCCCGGCCACGGUGGACGGUUACGCGAACUGCACGAGGUCAUCACGCGCGAUCCCUUGGACGACGAUUCUUGGGCUGGCAAGCUCAGUGUCAUUGGCGCAGGGUAUGGCGGCGUGAGCGUCAACGACUGUGUUCUCGGUGCCGAGCUCGUGGCCCAGGGCCUCGCAGAUGGGUGCAAGGUGACGACAGGGCUGGAGAGGUGGAGCGACUGGGCGUAG